CACUAGAGGGCCACAGAAGUGCACCGCGGGUGCUUAUCUUCGAGUUGCCCCGUCCGACGACGAAUCGGUGAGAUAUUUUCUCUUUAGCGAAACAUGUGGUCCAAAAUUCAAGAAGACUUGUGGAUAGGUAAUCAAUUAUAAAGCGUAAUUGAAAUGCAAUGACAGUUAACAAUUUUUGAGAAGAUUUCCCGGUUAUUAAAUUGAUUUCACGAGAUGGGAAUGUACAUACUUCUAAAUAUGGAAUGUCUUAAUUGCUUUUUGAGAAGUUAGCUCGGCAGAAGAGAGAGGGUAUCAUGAAAGUUUUAUUUGUGACGAAGUAUUACACAACGCUGUAGAUCUGAUUUUUUGUAUCGAUUUAAAUUAAACGCUGCCCUCUACCUCUCUCUCUCUCUUUAAAUGGAUGCUUCUUGAGGCCCGCAAUCAUUGGCGAGAAUCGGUUUAUAUAUGAACAGGAAUAAGCUAUUACACCUAAUUAAGACGUAAUUAAUAACAUUUCACGAUUCGGUGCCCGAGCGGAAGCCUGUAUUUAGUGUUUUUAAAGGAUAUCAGAUGUUCGUUUCGCCCUUGAACAAAUAUACAAUAAAUCAAUUCUUGAAUGUGAAGACGCGACAAAUGUUUUAGAUGACUGAUAUUUUUUUUUCCUUCAUUUGGAUCCGCCUCUUGCAAAGAAAUUUUAUUUAAGACGAUUCUGGUUUAGCAAUGGAUACCCAUAUUCAACAAUCAUCGAAUUUGAGUGAUUCUCUGAUGAGAAAGUUUGAGGAAAUCGACAUAUCCAGUGGGAACUGAAGGAAUUCAGAGCCGGAAAUGUCCUGAAGAAAAUGAUUGUGGUUUUGUCUUUGCUAUUCCUCAUGUUAGAUGCUCCACUGGACGCUGCACAAGAUAAGGGGUGGCGGGAACCACACAGACAAAUGUUUGCAGGCUGUCAUUGGAUUUCCAUGUUCUACCUCUUAUGGGCAUUAUCGUCUGUCGUAGCCCUUCGAGCCAACUUCAUCUGCAACAGGAUCCCCGGUUUAACUCCUCGACAACGGUCUAUUUGCCGGAAAAGGCCGAACGCAAUAGUAACGAUCGGGGAGGGUGUACAAUUAGGGAUCAACGAGUGUCAGUACCAGUUCCGGAACAACCGAUGGAAUUGUUCCAGUAGUGGAGCAGAGAAUACCAUGUUUGGCCACAGUCAUAAAGUUGGAAGCCGAGAGGCAGCUUUUACAUAUGCCGUGACCUCUGCAGGAGUAACCUAUUCAAUAACACAGGCUUGUAGCCUGGGGAAAUUAAAACAGUGCAGUUGUGAUCAAAGCAAGAAGAAAGUUCUGCAUGAGGGCUGGAAAUGGGGAGGCUGCAGUGCAGACAUUAAGCAUGGACUCAAAUUUUCGCGCAAAUUUCUGGACGCUCGAGAAAUCGAACAGAACGCUCGCUCACUAAUGAACAAGCACAACAACAGAGCUGGUCGUAAGGCUGUGAAGGAAAAUAUGGGAACGGAAUGUAAAUGCCAUGGUGUGUCUGGUUCGUGUACCAUGAGGACUUGUUGGACAACCUUACCGCCAUUCCGCAAAAUAGGCGACCAUCUACUUAGAAAAUACAAGAAAGCCAAACCAGUAGUGCCCAUGGUGGGGGGUCGGAACAGACGCCCAGUUUAUUUGACUUUGAAACGCUUUAAAGAAAAUCACACCAAACCGCGGCGAUCGGACUUAGUUUUCCUACAGAAGUCGCCAAAUUACUGUGAUUAUGACGCAUCCGUCGGUUCGCUAGGAACUGUGGGAAGGAAGUGUAAUAGGACGUCUGCCGAUACGGACGGAUGUGACCUCAUGUGUUGUGGGCGGGGCUACAAUACCCAUCAGUACACAAAAACAUGGCAGUGUAACUGCAAAUUUCACUGGUGUUGCUAUGUGCAGUGUAAUAAAUGCAGCGAGCGGACAGAGGAAUAUGCGUGUAAAUAGAUUUGACGUCAUGACCUGUAGGAAUAUAAGGAUAUCGAUCCCGACAAAUAAAUAAACCUACUAGGAUAACGAGUGCAAUUUCAGUGUACUACAUAUCAGACACUCUCUUUUGUUUGAUAGCAUUUACAUUGUGUUAAUUGUGAUAUUUAAACAUUUUUCGAUGCAUUGUAUAUAUCAUUGUUUCAUAUUUUUAUACAAAUUAUAUUGUUACAUGUAUUUAUUAUUAGAUAGACCAACAAAUAUUACAAUGAAUUGUGGGAACUAUGACCAUAACGUGACAGGGGCACGUUUGUUUAAUAGCCUAUUAGAAUCUAAAGUGAAUAGAAAUUAUUCAAAGUAUUUUCAUAAAAGCUGUCAACGGCAUAAAAUUAUGUUGAUUGUUACCGUAUGUUAUGUAGAUUGCUUAUAUUUUGCCAUCUGAAUUUGUAACUCUAUGCCAAAUUCUUUCCAUUCGUACAAAAGCUUGUAAUUAUUGUAGUUUGAAACAGCAAACUUACCUUUGUACAUUUUUCCUUUGUUGUUUAAUCUGUCUCACACUUCACGCAGGAAAUGCGUUGAAGGAAUAAGUUGUUACACGACUCUCUAUAUUGUGAAGAUAUUGCAUUACGAAAGCUUAGGUAAGCUUUUGCAUACAAACAUUCCUUGAUCAAAAUCACCGACAUUCAGAUUGUUCUGUUUUCUUUCAUUAUUUAUUUACCAAAUUUUGGAAACCUUUAGAUUUUUUGUUAAAGAAACACUACUCCUAAUAACUGUAUUCUUCGAAAAUGUUUGAUAAUAAAAUAUUCCAUUUUUCACUUACAGCUUUUUUUUUUUUUUUUUUUGCUUUUUCAUGACUGUUUAUGUGAA